CUAGGACUCUAGGUAAAUCUAGCAAUUCGUGCAUGUGAUUGGGUAAUCGUACUACUUACCUAACAGGUAAACUCUUUAUCAAAAGAUGGAACAAUCGGCCCAUAGUAGUACAAAACAAGCGCGAACGCGAAAUCGAAUUAUCUGUCAACCAUGAUGAAAUUAUAAACAUACCAUCGACUGUCAUCAUGGGAUGGUGUGCUGCUUGUGGUGCGAGGUCAACAAAAAAGAAUAAGACAUUAGUGUUCCCGAAAGAUCCAGACAGAAGAUUCCAAAUGAUUGCAGCAGUUCGAGCACUGACAUUGAAUAAUCCAAAUUGGAAUCCGACAAAAACUUCAGUGAUAUGUGAGAAACACUUCAGUUCAGAUAUGUGGAAGAUAUGUAUCGAUGGAACCAAAAAAUUAAAAAGAAAUGCGAUACCGACCCUCUGUGGAUCCAUUCAAAGGACUGGACAGCAGAAUACUAUUCUUCGAAACCAGAGUAUGCAUAUUGGUCAUGUCAAAGCUUCCAUUCGAACGACCGAACAGCAGAACGUUGUUCCUAGAGAAGAUAUAUAUGUCUGUACGUAUAAUGAAGAUGACUACGUUACAUUAACCAGUUCCGAUGUAAUGCCGUCAUCUUCACGACGAGGUAAUAUCGACGAGAAUCAAGAGCAGAACUCUCUAAAUUAUUCGGCCACUUCGACGAUGAUUAUAGACAAUUUUCACGACAUGACUGAUGAACAAGAUUCUACUGCACAAAUUAUGACAAAUUCUACAAAUACCGCACAUGAAAAAAAGAUAACGGAAUUGGAAGAGCAACUGCGAAAUAUGACAAACAAAUAUAAUGUUGCAAUAGAAGAAAAUAAGAAGUUGACAAUUAGAUGUGAAAGGGCAGAGCUUUUAUACAUGAUGAGCGAGAGAGCAAAGAAACGGAUGAAGGCAGAACACGCAGCAAUGAAGGAGAGAUGGUUAAAAAUUGUGCGAAGAUAAAGGUAUUAUUAAAUUAGUUUCAUAAAUAAC